UCGAGUGUGUGAGCAUGCUGGUCAUCCUGCUGAACUGUGUGACCCUGGGCAUGUACCAGCCAUGUGACGACAUGGAGUGCCUGUCAGACCGCUGCAAGAUACUACAGGUCUUUGAUGACUUCAUCUUCAUCUUCUUUGCCAUGGAGAUGGUGCUUAAGAUGGUGGCCCUGGGCAUUUUUGGCAAGAAGUGCUACCUCGGGGACACAUGGAACCGCCUGGAUUUCUUCAUUGUCAUGGCAGGCACCAUCACGAUCACCAGCACCACCAUUUUCACCAUCACGACUAUAGUCAUCUUCAUCAUCACAUUAUCAUCCAACACUACUGUCACCGUCAUCACUGCCAUCCUAGUUGUCACCAUUAUCGUCAUCAUCACCACCACCAUUAUCACCAUAUGA